AUGUUUGAAACUACGCCAAAUGGAUCAUCGAUUCAAAUAAUUGAUUGUAAAAAACGAUUAUUUGAUGAAGACGAUUCAAUUGAUAAAGAAAAAGACAAUGUAGAAAAUCAACGAAGAAACUCUAUUAAAAAACAGAAAAUCAUAGCAUCACGUUAUCAUCGUCAAAUACCAAAUCGACCAUUUGUAGUAUUAACAAGUCAUCAGAAUCAACGAUAUUAUCUAUUAGAACGUGAAGAGGAUGAUGAUUGUUUCAAAUUGUCAUUAAAUGACGGAAAUAAAAGAAGUCUACUUAAAGUAUCAGUUGAAGAUAUGAUUGAAAAAAAUGUUCGACAAGAAUUGGAAGAGCUAACAAAAUCAAUCGAUAAGUCGACAGCUGAUGCGGAAAAUGAAGAUGAUUCAACAUUACCAAUUGUGGAUCAAUAUACAGAUGAAUUAUGGGUUGAAAAAUUUGCACCCCGUGCUUUUUGUGAUCUACUAAGUGAUAUAAAUGGCUUAAUCUUUGGCAAUAUUGCACGUCAUGAACAAAUAGCAUCCAAUGAAGCUCAUAAAGAUAGAACUCAUUCAAUUGCAACCGUCAAUAAAAAGGUUUAUCCAUCGGAUAUUCAAUUCGAAUUAGAUGCUUGUAAACGGCCACUACAAAAAGUUGCACUACUAUGUGGUUCACCAGGUGCUGGGAAAACAACUCUUGCACAUGUCGUUGCUAGACAUGCAGGAUAUAACGUUAUUGAAAUGAACGCAAGUGAUGAUCGAAGCGUGGAAUUAUUUCGUACACGACUUGAAACAGCAACACAAAUGCGAGAAGUUUUAAGUAAAGAUUACAAACCUAAUUGUCUUCUGAUUGAUGAAAUUGAUGGAGCACCAGCGCCAUCGAUUCAACUACUCGUUGAUUUAAUUAGUCGUAUGCCGGCUGAUUCACAGCAAGCAAGUAGUAAAACAAAGAAAAAUAAUUCAUUUGUACUUCUCCGACCCGUUAUUUGCAUUUGUAACGAUUUGUAUGUACCUGCGUUGAAGCCUCUUCGUCAAAUAGCUCUCAUACUUAAUUUUCCACGUAUCGAACCAAAUGUACUUGCUAAACGUUUAUUAACCAUUUCUGAACAAUUAAAUAUUCAAACUGAUAUGAUAACUAUGAAUAGUUUAUGUGCAAAAGCAACAUGUGAUAUUCGAUCAUGUUUGCAUUUUAUGCAAUUUGUUGUAACACAUCGAAAUCGAGCGAUAACAAAAAAAAUGAUCGAAUCUACAGUUGUACUUGGAGUUAAAGAUGCGCAAAAAAGUUUAUUUGAAAUAUGGACUGAAAUUUUACAAGUACCGCAAUCGAAAAAAACACAAUUAACACUUCAAUUGGAUGAUCCACUUAAACGUUCUGGAAAAGUAACAUUGGCAAGACGUUUAGAAUUGAUCGAUUUAGUUUCGAGCAUCGGUAGUUAUGAUCGGAUCUACGAUGGUCUGUUCGAACAUUAUUUAACGCUUCAUUUUCAUGACCCUAAAUUGACUUCAAUUGACUAUGCUAAUCAAUGGUUAUUAUUCUACGAUGUAAUGAACAAAGAAAUGUAUACACAACAAAAUUAUUCAUUUUUGCGAUAUGCGCCCUAUGUGGCGCUAGUAUUUAAUCUUUUAUUUGUUACACAUCGUCCUAUUCAAAUGAGAUAUCCUCAGAAACAACUUGAUAUGCAAAAUAAAUUACGUACAAAUACAGCAGCAAUUGAAACGAUGUUAAAUGAUAUAGUACCUAAUAUUCGUCAAUAUCUCAAUAAAGAUAUUCUUGUUCUUGAUAUUCUUCCAUAUAUGCUUGAAAUUCUUCAACCUCGACUUCGUCAAACAAAUAUUGCACUUUUUACUAAUAAAGAACUACGAGAUAUACAAACGUUAAUCGAUGUUAUGGUUACAUUUAGUUUAUCUUAUAUUCAACAACGAACUGCUACUGGUGAAAAUGCAUUAGUACUUGAACCACCUAUCGAUGCAGUGGCUUAUUUUUCUGGUUCUAAUGAUAAACGUGGUUUAUCAUUUGGUACACGUCAAAUGAUAUUCAAAGAAUUACUUAAAGAACGUGUCAAACGAAAUAUUCGUCUUAAAUCAGAUAAACAAGAGAUGUUUGUUCCAGUCAAUCGUCAAGUUACACCAACUCCCAAACCAAAACAUCCAUCAGAAUUGAUUAAAUUACAACCCAAGGCUAUUCCUCAAAAUGAAACCAUUGUUGCAAGAGAUUUUUUUGCUAAAUUUAAACUUGGCCCAAAGAAUUCGCAAAUGACACCAAAAUUACCUGAUCAAAUCGAUUCAGCUAGCAAGCCAAUCGAACGACAAGCGUUGAUUUCAUUUGCAUACAACGAAGGUUUUUCUGACGCUGUACGAUGUAGAAUCAAAAUUCAAGAUCUUCUCUAA